GUCAGUCUAUGCACUGCAUGAAGUUAGCCAGCAUCUCAGACAGCUAAGGAGAGCGUGCAGCAAGCCCAAGAGAGAGAGAGAGAGAGAGAGCCUCUAUAUCUCUCUGUUCCUUCAACACCCAUCAAGUUGCUCAAAUUUUGGGCAGCGGAUUUUUGGGCAGCGGAUUCUGGCGGAGACACCAGUCACUUGCCCACCUGACCAGACUCUGCCAACUCCCCAGGAGCUGUUUGACCCUCCAGAGAUAGAGAGCGUGCGGGUGAGGUGACCCAGGAGUGGCUUUGGGGUUUUUGUUCCUUCCUUUCCAUCGUCUCCAUCGAGAGCCUGCAAGCGAGAGGGCAAGGUUGGCGCUCCAAGGCACCUCGUUGACGGUGGGCACAGAGUUGGAGCGCUGACCAUGCAGAAGCUCUUUGCCGCGUUUCUCGGGCUGCUGUUGGCCAGCUUGCCAGUGCCCAGCUCGGGGGGCAGCGCCGAAGAGUACGAAUACUACGGCUGGCAGUCAGACCACCUCCAGGGCGGACGCUUCUACGCCAAGCAGCCGCAGUGCGUGGACAUCCCCGCCGACCUGCGGCUCUGCCACAACAUUGGCUACCGCAAGAUGCGAGUGCCCAACCUGCUGGAGCACGACACCCUGCCCGAGAUCAAGCAGCAGGCCAGCAGCUGGGUGCCCCUGCUCGCCAAGAGGUGCCACCCGGACACCCAGAUCUUCCUCUGCUCCCUCUUCGCCCCCAUCUGUCUGGACCGGCCCAUUUACCCCUGCCGCUCGCUCUGCCAGGCUGUGAGGGACGGCUGCUCGCCUGUCAUGGAGUCCUUCGGUUUCCCCUGGCCGGAGAUGCUAAAGUGCGACCGCUUCCCGCUGGACAAUGACCUCUGCGUCUCGCUGCAGUCGCCUGGCAACCAGGCAACCCAACCACCAGUCUCGAAGAUCUGUCCUCCCUGCGACAACGAGAUGAAAGCGGACGUCAUUCUGGAGCACUUUUGCGCGAGUGAAUUCGCACUCAAGAUGAAGAUCAAAGAGAUAAAGAGGGAGAAAGGGGACCGCAAAAUCAUCUCGCAGAGGAAGAAGAAGGUCCUGAAAAUGGGACCAUUGAAAAAGAAGGACCUGAAGAAGCUGGUUCUGUUCAUUAAAAAUGGAGCAAGCUGCCCUUGUAACCAGCUGGACAACACAAACAGCAACUUCCUAAUAAUGGGCCGAAAAUGGGACAACCAACUUCUCCUCACUGUCAUCCACAAAUGGGACAAGAAGAACAAGGAUUUGCGCUACGCUGUGAAAAUAAUGAAAACCUAUCAAUGUCCCACAUAUCACCAUGUCUUCCAAUGACUGCAUUUGAGAAAAGAUACUCACUUGGAAAGUAAACUGAAGCAAACUCUCAAAAAUUGCUUUUAUAAUUUCCUUUAAAAAAAAAUUACACUCUUCCAAUCUUAUCGAAUGAGCUUUUCCUUAUAUAACGAUUCCUUUAUCAAAAAUCUUGUCUCAGUAACCAGAUGGAAUAGAAAGUUUAAACGUGUUUUAAAUGAUGAAGGUGAUUGAUGACUGAAUACUUAAAUGCAAGAUCAGAGGGUAAAAGAAUAAGCCAAUGCCUCUCUCUCUUCCUCUCUCUCUCUCUUUCUCUCUUUCUUUCCCCUCUUCAAAAAUAAUACCGCUUAGAUAACCUGACAUGAGGAAGAUUGUUUCCAUUGAUUCCAGAGUUGUGGGAAUAAUAAAUGUUAUGGGAUGUAUUACUGAUGGAGAUCGCCAUGCGUAGGAACACUCCAAUGAACAACCAGUUCGAUGGACCUUUUAUAGUCUUAAACUGAAAGGAAACUUGCUCCGACCGAGAGAUUAUUGUUGGUCUUCUUGAUAUGGCAUGGACUCCUUGGGUUAGGUGAGAUUUGGGUUUGAAGGACUAUGGCUUGACUGGAAAUGAAAUCAGAAUUGACAGCAUGGUAUCGCUGGUUUAGUUUGCUGUCUGACUAAAGAGAUGGGACAUCCUACCCAAUGUUAAGGGUAGAACUGUUUUGUCGUAGUGUCAUACACUUUAAUGAGGAUUGUUGGCUAUGAAUUUAUCGUCAUGGCGAUAAUUGUCCUGGUCAUGUACUGUGGAUUAAAUGUUUGUAUGUACUGAAACCUUCAAUGUGAAAAAAGUAACUAUAAUCCUAAGGCAUGGUAAUGGCAGAGUGUUACUUUUCAAUGUAUGCCUAUAUGCAUCAUCCUGUAUGUUAGAACCACAUACCAACAGUGAUUAUUUUGUUUCUUUUUAAAAUAUUAUUUCAAUUUGCAAUCUUUUUAUUUUUGAAAUGCCUGGCAAUGGCGCCUCCUAUCUGAGGUGCC